UAGCGUCUAUGACCUCUGUCCUCCAUAUGCUGAUAGCUUCCCCUCAGUCAUGGUGAUUACCGAAAAUGCCUCCGAUGUUUAAAUAUACCUCCUGGAAGAAUGGAAUCAGAUGCGGCUGAAAACUAUUGGCCAGUAGGAUCAAAUUGAGAAUUUCUGAGAAAAUUAUCCUUGAGAUCAGAGUAUCUCCAAAAGCAUCUUCUGCUUUUUCUUCAAAAGACAAGCUCAUGUGAAAAUACCUGGAUUUGAAGGAAUAAGUUCUUUUUUGUAAGGAGGAAUUGAGGGAGUGGAAGACAGGCCUAGACUGGCACCUGGCUUGCAUCCGUGGGUAAUUGAGAGUCUGUUCUACCUCUCUCCCUUGGCAUUGUCUUCACAUACCACUUCAAGGAAUAGUGACUAGGCUCGAAAGUUCCACAGAUAAUCCAAAAAAAUCGGUUCAAGUUGGCAUCUAUCAACAGGUUACUUGAAUUUCAAAAAGAGGAGCAGAAAUGCCACCACCAGUAGGUGCCCCACUACAUCCACCACCUGAUGGAGGCUGGGGCUGGGUGGUAGUUGCAGCGUCUUUUAUCUCCAUUGGAUUUUCAUACGCAUUCCCCAAAGCUGUCACAGUGUUCUUCAAAGAAAUUCAGCAAAUAUUCAACACUUCCUACAGUGAAAUAGCCUGGAUAUCAUCCAUUAUGCUGGCUGUUAUGUAUGCAGGAGGUCCCAUAAGCAGUGUUCUGGUGAAUAAGUAUGGUAGCCGACCAGUGGUGAUAGUAGGAGGUUUAUUAUGCUGUUUGGGAAUGGUCACAGCCUCUUUUAGUACCAGCGUAAUAGAGCUUUACCUCACUAUGGGACUCAUUUGUGGUUUAGGUCUAGCCUUCAACCUGCAACCUGCCCUGACAAUCAUUGGCAAAUAUUUCUAUAAGAAACGACCCAUGGCUAAUGGCCUCGCCAUGGCAGGAAGUCCUGUUUUCUUAAGCACACUGGCUCCCUUCAAUCAGUACCUUUUUAAUACUUUUGGCUGGAAAGGAAGCUUCUUGAUUUUGGGAGGUAUACUGUUGAAUGCCUGUGUGGCUGGGUCCCUCAUGAGACCCGUUGAACCCAAACAAGUUACCAGGAAGUCUAAAAAUAAAAUUGGCAUAAGAGUGGAUGAUUCAGAUGUGACAAAAAGCCUUAGGAAGAAACCAACAUGGGAAAGAAUUAAUAAGUACUUAGAUUUCUCCCUUUUUAAGCAUAGGGGAUUUCUGAUAUACUUAUCUGGAAAUGUCAUUAUGUUUCUGGGGUUUUUUGCCCCCAUUAUAUUCUUGGCUCCCUAUGCUAAAGACAAAGGAAUCGAUGAAUAUUCUGCAGCUUUCUUGCUGUCCAUUAUGGCUUUUGUUGAUAUGUUUGCUAGACCGGCUGGAGGAGUCAUUGCAAAUUCCAAACUUAUCCGACCCCGAAUCCAGUACUUCUUCAGUUUUGCAAUCAUGUUCAAUGGAGUGUGUCAUCUCCUGUGCCCAUUGGCAGAGGACUACACAAGCCUGGUGUUAUAUGCUAUAUUUUUUGGUCUUGGAUUUGGGAGUGUUAGCAGUGUCCUCUUUGAGUCUCUCAUGGACCUGGUUGGACCCCAAAGGUUUUCCAGCGCUGUGGGACUCGUCACCGUGGUGGAGUGUUGCCCGGUUCUUCUUGGUCCUCCUCUCGCUGGUAAAUUGGUGGAUGAAACUGGACAGUAUAAAUACAUGUAUAUAGCCUGCGGAACUAUUGUGUUCCUAUCAAGUGUGUGGCUCCUCAUUGGCAACGCUAUAAACUACAGAUUGCUUGCAAAGGAAAAGAAGCAGGAAGAAGGAAGGAUGAAAUCAUUGAAUAUACCUGAAUCCAAAGAGUCUGAACCCCUGAACAAAUCUAAACCUCAUGACAUUGACAUCAAAAGUACAGAAACAGGGAAUAAUCCCUCAGAAAGAGAAACUAAUAUUUAACAAGAAUCACAUCUCUGAUUUCAGUGUUUAUGACUUUCUUAGGAGUAUUUUUUUUUUUCAAAAUUUCGGGAAAGUUUUUACUUGAAAUGAGGAGUCAUAAUUAAGGAUGGAGAUCAGACUUUCCUCAAUGGCAAAUUUUUAUAAGUUUGUUUUUUAAACCUUGUUUGGAUGGUUAAAUUCUGAGAUUAUGCCUAUAAAAAAUCCAUGCAAUGGGUUUAUUUCCAUUCAUGACUCAGUCUGUCAUGGUUAAAAUAAUUUUAAAGUCUUCCAGUGACUUCCAGUCUUGGUUAUAGAGAUCUGAAUCCCAAACCCCUGGUUCAAGUAGUUAGAAGGAGUCUGUUUAAUCCAAUAAGAAUACCCUGUCCAAAUUUUAUUUUUAGUGUUAAAUGAAAUUGAAAGAAAAUGAAUUUUCUUCUAGUUGCACACACACACACACACACACAUCCACACUCACUUAUAUGUACACAUGUGAACAAAGUACCCAGCAAACAAAAGACAAAUAAGUUCAAAAAGAAUAUUAUCAUUUUUUUAACUUAAAAAUAAAUACAUGGAGAAUGAAGACAUAAUACUUUAUAAUAUAAAUUUUGAAGAUAAGAACAUGGGUGAAAAUGAGGAUGAUCUUAAUUUGAAAAUGCAACUAACUGAGUAAAAAAAAAGCAUUUGCAUAUAUAAAAUAAAUUUGAAAAAAAACCUCUCCAUUUUAAACCAUUAUUUCUUCAUACUGUUAGAUUUGAUUAAUCCACGCGCAUGACUUCUUUGAGGACGAACAUUAGUACCUGGUGCUAGAGAAUAGAACCCUCCAAUAAUUCUUACUUAAUAUGUAAAUCAAAUUAAAAGCCUAAGUGACUCCUCACAAUGAGCUGCAAUCAUUGAUUUUAAAAGGAUUUUAGUUACUAAUCCAGAAAGUAAUAACCAGGGAUUUCUUUUAAUCAGAACUCAAUCCAGACUCAACUGUCAUACUGAGACUUCAAAAUGGAAUCUACCAGAAUCCUGGUUGACAGGCUGACAAAUAGGCCAAAUUCCAAUUUUUCCCAACAUGUAGCAGCAAUCAGAGUGUUACUGUUAUGAAUGAUCCAUCUGAGUAAAGCUGAUUAAGAGUGAGAGGUGCUUAUACUGAGCCCUCUAAAUUCUCUCAUUUCUCUUCCCUCCCUAAAAUGCAAAAGCAAAACACAGAAAUCCAAGCAGGCCUUUUGCUCAGCCACUGAAAUUCCUCAUGUUGCAGGAAUGGCAACACUUCAAAAUCCUACCCCCUCCUGAUGAGACUUCCUGCUACCUGGAAACAUAACCAGGAGACCAUUAGAAAAGGUUUCUAGUACUGGAAGCUGCAUGUAACUUGGAACAUACAGUCGUGAGGGGUAGGCAUAGUUCACCACACUAUAGCAAGAAGCCUGCAACAUUGCCGGCCACUUUCUUUUAGCAGUUUCUCAUUUUCAUAAUGAUGCUAAAACAUCUGAGAACCUGAAUCACCCUUGGAUAUAGAGGCAUAAGAUUUACUGUGUACUCAGGACUAUAAAUACCAUUUAGAGUAAUACAGUACUUUUAUACAAGAAAGGAUUUGUGCCUUAUGGCUAAAGUUAUAAGUAUUUACAUCAGUAAAUAUGAGUUUAAAUUAAGAGUAUGAUCAAUGAAAAACCUUUAAUGCUUGAUUAUUGAAGUGAUGUUACUCUUAAGAUGUCAGAAGGAAUCUGCUGUUUAUCUAUUUUUUUUAUUGCAGUGGAGGCAGGUGCUAUCUUAUUUUCUAUGAGAUUGUACCUGGACUCCAAGCUUUUGAGAUAGUUGACAUUAAGGAUCUGAUUUGUAAAAUCUAUGCACUGGUUAAGCACGUGGCUCCUAUUUAGGAAGCUACAUAAAAUCCCGUAUUUCGUUUAGCAUUCACUUCUUUCGCAGAUGAAGACGAAUUUGUGUUUUUUUAAAAAAAAUAUUAAAUAAAACCACUUGUGCCAAUAACAUAGGUAAAUAAAUCAGGCUAAAUGUGGCAGUGUAUGGCUGUUUUUAAUUUAGUUUUGCCCAAUCUUGAGUUUUGAAUGAGCUACUCUCAUAUUAUUAGUGCUUUUGUAUUCAACUCUGACUCAUCAUAAGAAAUGCAACAUCAUAAAUUGUGUAGUAGCUCUCCAAUCUUAAACAUUUCCAAAAUAUGUAUUCAGUUCUCUGAGGACACAUAUUUAAAUUAAUAUACAUAUCAGAUCCCAAGGGGAAAUAAACAGCAAAGUAAUGAUAGUGGGGUAUUGGGCCCAAGGCUUCAGUCCUUUUUGUCACCUUCUGGUAGAGACAACCAGAAGGUGCAUUCCAGUAACUUCCUCCAUGGAAGGAGAUUUAUUUACUUAUUGAUGAGGUUUUUGUGAGGUCAAAACCAGUUCAUAUACGUUUUGUUGGUCUUUGGUCAUCUUCAGUAACUUUUCGUUUCUAACACUGUAUAUUAAAUUGUUAAAAAAGAAAGGGAAGUAAAAUUGCACAUUUCAAAGCACAUCAUAUGUAUACAGCCAUGCCUAGCAGCAGCACCACACAAAGUGUCAAAUUCGCGCAUAUAUUAAUUCCCAUAGGAAAUUUUGGAAACGAGAACAUUCAUAUAGUCUAGAGGAAGUAGUAUAGUUGGCCUCUGUGUCUGCAGUGAUCGGUGUAGAACUAAUUUCUACCCCUAGGGAAUGACAGGUUUUAGAUGUUCAAGAGGUCAUGAAGCGAAAUCAUAGUACACCAUUAAAAUUUCUUUUAUUCCCAUUUCCCCACUGGGGAAUUGCAAAGAAGGGAGGUUAUCAACCUGGGUACUAAAAGAAUUCAUGAUCCCUGGAGACUUUAAGUAUUUUUCUACUUAUGGUAAAUAGUAGUCCAUGUUUUUCACAAUUUAACCUUAAAUAUGCCUUCACUAAUUUAUGAAUAGAAUAUUGGGUAUAGACUUGUCCUGACCUGUCCCUACCCUCUUUCCCGAUCCUUUUUUUGAUUCCAAUCAACAUGUGUAUAAGAGGCACUGGGUCAGGCUCUAGUGUGCUUCCUAUUGGAAGACAUUGGAAGACAUGUUUUCUCAAUGUAAAUUCACAUGAGUUUCACUUCUUUAGUAUCAGGUUCCAACUAUUUUAUCUCAUGCCCCACCCAUGGACACUAGAAAAUAAGUAAAAUAAGUUUGAGAUAUUUGAAUGUGCACUAUAAAAAAUCUUUUUUUUUUAUUCCUUUUUCUUCUGGCUGCACAAGACAAUUGAGGAUAACUGAAAAAAAAAAACCCGCAAGAUGUAUGUAAAUGUAAGUUUUUAUGUUGAUAAUGUAAAAUGUAGAGAUAUCCUUAAUCAGUAUUGAAAAUUAUUUUCCAUCCCAAAGUACCUUUUUAAAAACCCUCUUGUAUGUGUAGUGUUGCACUUUUAAUAAAAUUAAAAAGCAUGAUCAUUAGGCUCCAUUUAACAGGGGAGAAAGGGUAUGAAGUGAGAGGGGACUAAUAUUUAUAUUGUGCAUUUCGGCCACCUUUUAAUAUUCAAAUUGUAAGUAGAGGCUGUUGGCCUGAUAUAACAGAUGAAAGGAAACAAAACAAAAAUCAGACAUGCAAAGUUCAGCUAAUUACCCAAGGUUGUAAAGUAGUAUGUGACAGAACCAGAACUAAAAUUCAGAUUUAUCUAAAAGCAGGAAGAGCCCCUAGGGUGUUCACUAGCAUGCUGCUUUCAAUAGAAUCUAUAGAAGCAAAGGUAGAUAAAAUAUAGAUAACAAAAAAUUUAAACCCUAUAUAGUAAACCAAUUAGGUUUAACUGCAAUUUGUAUUCUGAUUUAUUUAGUGCUCGUUAGAGACUGUUUGCUAUAAACUGAAUAUAUAAUUUCAAGUUGCCUGCUUUUCUGGCCAAUGUAAAUUAUCCCAAAUAGUGGUAAUGAUUGUAUAAUAGCCAUAAUUGUUUUAAUAUGACUUUUUGCACAAAAAUAAUGACAUAUAUAUAUGACUCAGGAAUAAUAUAUUUUCCCUGAGGUUGGAUUUAGAGGAAAAAUGUUAUUUUCUUUAUGGAUAAGUAAUUCCCAUAUUGCUUGCUACUUAUUAUGACUCAAAAUGUACUUCGUAGAAAACAUAUUCAGAGUUACAGAGGUUCCCAUUUAUAGGAUCAUACAGCUACCAAAGAAAAAAAUAUUUUAAAGAUUUUUAUUUGCUACCAAAGACAUUUAAAAAGAUUAUAAGAUAUAAAUGACUUGGUUCAUUUAUAUAGUCUAUGCAGUAUAUAUUCGUUUUCGUAAUUGAAUACAACUGCCCCUACAUCCUAAUUCAUUUUUUAAGUUUCCUUGAACACCUAGAACUGCCAUUGUCUUGUCUGUGCUAUAGACAGAACAAGUGUCAUUACUUUUGUCCUUUUACUCUAAGACUUUGGACAUCCAUGCAAUAGUGUUCUCUUUAGCAUUAUUUUAGAUGACGUAAUUCUAGAGUCUUGUAUCUUUCCCAAAACUCACACGUGCUGCAUCUGGGCUUGAAGAGUUGUGAUUUGUAGGAAUGGGCCUAUUGCUGGAGAAAACAGAGUAUACUUUUGGCCAUGAUCUCUCAUCUUCACAAGUAAGGGAACUCCUGUGGCCUUAGCUUGAGGUAUCCUGGAGAAGGAAGGUGCCUGUAAUCUAGAAGACGUUUUGUUGAUAUGAGUCUUCCUUAUGCAUGAUAAAUACAUUAAUGAAUAUGAUUUUUAGGAAUCUAGAAAAAAUCAAUCUUCCUGUUUUUGGCACUAUCUUGGGUGUUUCUGAUUUCCUUACAGUGCCUCACAACUUUGAGAAACAAAGCUCACCCCACAGCACAGCACCAUUCCAUAGCCCAUAUACUCUCUCAAUGCAGUGACAUCCCCGGUACAUCAUACCAAGUAGAUUCCCUACCGCAACGCUUCACAAUACCAAGAAGCAUUAAAAUUAUUCAGAUAUAAAUUGAAAUUAUAACUUUUAUUCAACUCACUUUGUUUUUUAGAUUUUGAUUUUUACACAUCCAUGCGCAUGGGCUCCAUGCACUGAAAAGCUGAGAGGCUCAAUUAUCAGUAAUUAUAAUGCUUGUAUAAUCAAAAUCAUAACUUAUCUUUGUUGAUAAUUAAAACAUGAAUAAUUUGCUGAGCUCACAUCAUUUUUUGUAGUUCUCAUUUUCUCUUUACUAUCAAUUGUUUGUAAACUAUUUAAUUUCUAACUCCUACAAGAUCCUACGAUCUGGUUUAUAUUAUUCUCCCACACUGCCUUUCCUUCACUUUAUUUCGCUUACAUGCAGUUCGUGAAACCAUUGUGCUAGCAUUGAGAAUCAUAAUUUUAGGUCCCUGCAUUAAAAGGAAAAGUGAUAUUGCGAACAGAAUUUUUGGUGUUUCUAGUAGAGCAUAUGGAAAUUUUUUUAGACUGAAUUAUUUCUCCCACCCCAAUCCUGAGCUACCUUACCUUCUCAGUGCCUUUUUUUCUCAUGAUUAUUUUUAAAAAUUAUUUUCCUCCCAUUGUUUUUCACAAUGUCUAGGUCAGCUUCUUUAGCAUUUUCCAUCUAAUUCUGGGCAUUUUUAAUACAGAAUUCUUGUUUCCUUGGCGGGUUCAGUUAUGCUUCCCUUGUGUCCAUGAACACCAUGUUUUUCAGUCUCCAUAUGUGCUUGUUAAUUGUGUAACAUUCAGGAGUAUUUCACUAGGUGAUUAAUUCAUUGCCAUUUCAGCAAACAUUUUUUUCUUUGCAUACCAAAACGAGUUUUUUUUGUUUGCUUGUUUAAAAUUCAAAUAUGGCAAAAUAAUCUAAAGAAGCUCUGUAUGAAAACACUGAUAUUCAAUAUUCUAUCAAGGUAUGAGUUGGUAAAAAGUUCUGCUCAGAUGAGCAAAAAGAACAGAAUUCUUAUAUGAACUUCAGGGUGAAUUUUGAAACAUAUUCUUCUAAGCUUUUUAUUCUGGGUUUGUUGUUAUUUUAUUUUCAUAUGCAUCUAAAAAUAAUUUUGAAGUUGGACCUAGUUUAUAUAGCUUGUUCAUUAGAGUAAACUACAAAUUUUGGAUAUACUGUUUAAAGGACUUUAUUUUUCUACCACAUGCUUUCUAUUUGUAACUGAAGUAUGAAGAUUUCUGGAUUUAGCAAGAAGGGACAAUGAACACUUGUUCAUUUUGGGGAUGGCUGGGUGGCUCAGUUGGUUCAACUGACUCUUGGUUUUGACUUAGGUCAUGAUCUCAGGGUUGUGAGAUCGAGCCCCGAGUUGGGCUCCAUGCUCAGCACGGAGUCAAUACUUGAGAUUCUCUCUCCCUCUCCCUCUGCUCCUCUUCCUGCUCUCUUUCUCUCUCUCUCAAAUAAAUCUUUAAAUAAAUGCUUAUUUUCUAAGCAUUAGAUGUAAUUAUAUUUUGAUUUGUAUUCUAUUUUUUGAUAUAUUUAUGUAUCAAAAUAUAUUUAAUUCAUAUCAUCUUCUCAACCCUCUAAAUUAGGUUUGUUAGAUAUGCACCUUUUUACAGAAUAAGACUAUAACAGGUUAAGGGCUUUGCCUAAAUAUAUAUCUAUCUUUUGAGUAAAUGCAGGAUAGAAAGUAGAACCCUGUCUUUUGGACUCCUGACCUGCUUUUUUUUCCCAUUGUGCUGCUUAAGCCAUCCUAUUUGAAUGGUAAACUUUGUAGAUUGAAUGCAUAUUUACCUGGAAACACUUAUUCUAUCCUUGCUUGAUAAAUCCUUUAUUUCCAGAAUGAAAUCUAUUUCCCCUGUGUCAUACUUUGCAAAAUCAUGUUCAUAAAUUUAAUUUGAAGAGUUUUAAUGAUUCCCACAGUAGAUAAUUCUUAAUAAACUGGACAUAAUAACUGGUGGGAUGAAUCAUUUUGCACAAUAUAUGUUGUUAUAGCAAUAUCUAAGUCAUUAAAAAUACCAAUAAUGUGUUUAUAGAAUCUGUGUGUCAAUAUUCCAUUAAUUCUUCCUUUCUUUAUGUUCAUAUUUUAUUUUGGAAGCAUCAUUUGCUUGUUCCCUAAAAAUUUAAUUCCAGAGCACAGAACACACUAUGCAAGUUUGUUAAAUUAUUAAGUUGUAUGCAAGAAAUUAUAACUUUGAGGGGAACACUCCAACAAUAUUUCAUGAUCCAAGAAUCUGAGGAUGAGUUAAUGAAAUUAUUAGGAUAAGAUCUAUCGAGAAAAUUCUUGCUGUAUUAAAUGGUCACUUCAUGUAGUUAACUCAAAACCUACAACAGGUGUCUGGCAACUGUAAAACUACAGUUUCUAUUUAUCUUAGAGAUACCAUCUUCCUCUGUCCCCAUUUUAUCUAGAUGGACUGUUUUGUUUUGUUUUGUUUUCAGAUUUUUCCUUUUGAUUCUAUUUCAGGAAAAAAAAAUCACUUCUAAGGAAAGAUCCCUAACAAAGGGGAGAAUGGUUGCUAUUAGGAAUGGUUGCUUGUGAUAGGGCAAGCUUCAGUAGCUGCAGUGAUUGCAUCAAUAAACAUAAGGCCCCUUCUUUGUAAUAAUGAUAAAAAUGAGAUCUCAAACUACUUAGAUAUGAUUCAGAUAUAGAAAUUCCUAUGUAGAAGAUGGACAGUAGGAUAUUUCCAUGUAUUUGCUAAAAUUUACAUUUGAUUUGAAGCUUCUUAUUUAAAAGCACUUCCCACCAAAUAUUUUAAACUACUGAUUGAUUAAUAUUUCCUAGAAUGAAUAACUCCCUGUUGCAGAGAAAUUUUUGAAAAUAUUUACUACUUAUAUUCUCCAACAAAUAUCUCUUUCUCAUCUCAUUGGUAUGUUUGGGCAAAUAUUAAAAGUAAGAUUAUUGGGAUAAAAGUUCUACAUAAUGACAUGUUACUAAGAAGACAGAUAAAAGACAUUGCUCGGCAAUGGCCACACCUAGCUAACUUUUGCAAGAAUACUUUAGGAGUUGGAUUUAGGGGUUAAUCCGUAGAAUUAUUUUUUAAAUACAAAUUGUAUCUUGAGCUGUAUUUUUAUGAUUUUUAAGUGAAAAAAUGUAGCUGAUUUGAUUGUUCUGUAGGCACUUUAAAGACCAUUGAACAAAUGAUCUUACUGUCACAUAGUCUAUCAACUAUAAUUACUAUGACAGGGAAAUGAAGAGAAAGGGUAGAUUUGCUUGACACCUAAGAUGAUCCAGUCAGCUGUUUUUACGUGACCUAAAUCAUGGCUGUACAUAUUUCAUUUUUCAAAAAAUCAUUAUGAUAUGAAAUAAAUGCCAGUCAAAGUUUUAAAAUGUAAGACAGAAUGUACUUCUUCUUUGCCUUCUUAGAGAAGAAUGUACUUAAAGUGAUUGUGAUUUGAUCUUGAAAUAUUUAUUUCUAUGAUUUUUGCAUAUACAGUAGUUCUGAACAUGGCAAAUAAAAUAUGGAAAAAAAUAACAAACUGAAAGGACUAGCAUUUUCAUGCAAAUACAUAUUUUUAUUUUUAACUAAACAUAAUAUAGAUUUAUUUAAUUCAGGAAUACGUUGUGUUGAUUAUUUGAAAAGUAUAUGCAGUUCAAUAUGUUCCUACUUCAUUUUUUUCCUACUACUACACUUUUAAGCAAACUUGUUUGACUACUGAAUCAUUUACCACUCAAUUUUCAUUUAUACUGUCUCUAUUAAUUGUAGUUUCUGUUUCUCUGCACAACUAAUUUGAAACUAAAUGUUGAAUUUAGGAGUACAUAUUUUGCCUGCGGUUUUGAAAAUAUUUUCGAAUUCAUCUCUUUGUUACUAGAAUGUGAGCUCCUUGUGGACAAGGAUGUUAUCUUAGUUAUAAUACCAGCUUUAAUGCCUAGCAAAGUGCCAUGCACAGAAUGAUUCCUUUAUCGAAAUAAAUGGAUGGAUCUAGAUUAUUAAAUUAAUACUGUAGUAUCCUAUGAUGCAAGCUGACUGGAUAUUAGAGGAAUUCUCUGACUAAUUUUCAAAGUAAGAUACAGAAAACAAAUAACCAUAGCAUUUCUGUUAUCUAAAAAUUGAUAUUUUAUUUUGAGGAUUUCACUUUUAUUCCUUCAGUAAACACUCUAUGCAAGUUCUGAAAUAUGCAGCAGCUAAAUUUCAUGGUACAUGUUAACUAGCUUAUUUACAAAAUCAAAGAUGCUCUCUUAGGCUUCCUAGAAAUAAAUGUUGACAAUCAUGUUAUUGACCAAAGGUGCUACUUAUUUUCUAGUAUUUAUAUUCAUCAUAAAUGCUCUUGUCUACUAAGCUUUAGUUAUUUUUUGGGUGGGGGUAAGGGGAGGAGCACACAAAACUAAAAUAUCUUUCUGUCUGAAUUAUACAAUUUAGCAUUGUAUAUGUUCCUUUGAAGUCUAUUCUUAUUGUAUUUUAAUUAUUAUUUCUUAUUGCUCACUAACUUUUUUUGCAGGCCUAUGCUAUUUCUUGGAAAGUAUGUGCAUAUAUAUUUAUACAAUAUGCAAGAAAAAAACCUGUAUUGUGCAUUAAAUUAAAAUUAAAAUGACAAAUAAA